AUGCAGCGCGCUCUUUCUUCCCGCGCGAGAGCUUCCGUCCUCUCUGCUGCUCCCAGCAAGUUCCGUGCCGGUGCCGGCCUGGGACAGCAGCUUCGCUUUGCCCACAAGGAGCUGAAGUUCGGUGUUGAGGGCCGUGCUGCCCUGCUCGCUGGUGCCGAUACUCUGGCCAAGGCCGUCGCGACAACACUUGGCCCCAAGGGUCGCAACGUCCUCAUUGAGUCAAGCUAUGGCUCCCCCAAGAUCACAAAGGACGGUGUAACUGUCGCGAAGGCAAUUACCCUUAAGGACAAGUUCGAGAACCUCGGCGCCCGCCUCAUCCAGGACGUCGCCUCCAAGACCAACGAGACCGCCGGUGACGGUACCACCACCGCCACCGUCCUCGCCCGUUCCAUCUUCUCCGAGACCGUCAAGAACGUCGCCGCUGGCUGCAACCCCAUGGACCUGCGCCGUGGUAUCCAGGCUGCUGUCGACGAGGUCGUCGCUUUCCUCCAGAAGAACAAGAGAGAUAUUUCCACCAGCGAGGAGGUUGCCCAGGUCGCUACCAUCUCCGCCAACGGUGACCAGGAGGUCGGCAACUUGAUUGCCAAGGCCAUGGAGAAGGUCGGCAAGGAGGGUGUCAUCACCGUCAAGGAGGGCAAGACUCUGGUCGACGAGCUCGAGGUUACCGAGGGUAUGCGCUUCGACCGCGGCUUCGUCUCCCCCUACUUCAUCACCGACGCCAAGUCCCAGAAGGUCGAGUUCGAGAAGCCCCUGAUCCUCCUCUCCGAGAAGAAGAUCUCUGCUGUCCAGGACAUCAUUCCCGCUCUCGAGGCCUCCACUCAGCUGAGACGUCCUCUCGUCAUCAUUGCCGAGGACAUUGAGGGUGAGGCUCUCGCCGUCUGCAUUCUCAACAAGCUCCGUGGCCAGCUCCAGGUUGCUGCCGUCAAGGCCCCCGGCUUCGGUGACAACCGCAAGUCCAUCCUCGGUGACUUGGCUGUCCUCACCAACGGUACCGUCUUCAGCGAGGAGCUUGACAUCAAGCUCGAGAAGGCCACCCCCGACAUGCUCGGCUCCACUGGCUCCAUCACCAUCACCAAGGAGGAUACCAUCUUCCUCAACGGUGAGGGUGCCAAGGACUCCAUCUCCCAGCGCUGCGAGCAGAUCCGUGGUGUCAUGAACGACCCCACUACCUCCGAGUACGAGAAGGAGAAGCUCCAGGAGCGUCUGGCCAAGCUCUCUGGUGGUGUCGCCGUCAUCAAGGUCGGUGGCUCCUCCGAGGUUGAGGUCGGUGAGAAGAAGGACCGCUUCGUCGAUGCCCUGAACGCCACCCGCGCCGCCGUUGAGGAGGGUAUCCUGCCCGGUGGUGGUACCGCCCUUAUCAAGGCCUCUGCCCUUGCUCUUAAGGACGUCAAGACCGCCAACUUCGACCAGCAGCUUGGUGUCACCAUCGUCAAGAACGCCAUCACCCGCCCUGCUCGUGCCAUCGUCGAGAACGCUGGUCUUGAGGGCUCCGUCAUCGUCGGCAAGCUCACCGAUGAGUUCGCCAGCGAGUUCAACAAGGGUUUCGACUCCUCCAAGGGCGAGUACGUCGACAUGAUUGCCGCCGGUAUCCUUGACCCCUUCAAGGUCGUCCGCACCGGUCUGGUUGACGCCAGCGGUGUUGCUUCCCUGCUCGGUACCACUGAGGUCGCCAUCGUUGAGGCUCCCGAAGAGAAGGGACCUCCUCCUAUGGGCGGCAUGGGUGGUAUGGGCGGAAUGGGAGGCAUGGGUGGUAUGAUGUAA